AUGGCUGUCGCAAGGCCCAUUCGGAUGCUGGGUGCCUCGUGCAUCAUCCUCGUCCUUUUCCUCAUCUUUCAGAUGAACAAGACACCCACCAUGAUCAGUAAGGGGUCGUCCUCAGAACAAUACGAGGGUAUCACCUCCGACCCUCUUAAAGAUCCAACUGGCGAGCCGGAUGGAAAAUUGUGGCGUGUGACCGACGGCGACUAUAGCCCCGACAAUUCCAAGUCACCCCGUACCAACGCAGCCCUCAUCUCUCUUGUCCGGAACGAAGAACUCCACGAACUGAUUCCGACAAUCCGUGACCUUGAGCGUACCUGGAACAGCAAAUUCAAUUACCCCUGGAUCUUCUUCAAUGACCAGCCUUUCACGGAAGAAUUCAAGAGAUUGACACAGGCCGAAACGAAGGCAAAGUGCUACUACGAGCAAGUACCGAAGGAACACUGGGAGGUUCCCGAAUGGAUUGACAUGGACUUAUUCCGCGAGUCCGCGGAGUUGCUGAAGGAGAAGGGAAUUCAGUACAGUGACAAGAUCUCCUAUCACCAGAUGUGCCGGUGGAAUAGUGGCUUGUUCUACCAACAUCCCGCUCUUCAGAAGUAUCGGUACUACUGGCGUGUCGAACCCAAGGUCAAGUUCUUCUGCGAUGUCGACUAUGAUGUCUUCCGUUACAUGGAGGAUCGUAAUGUCACCUACGGCUUCACGAUCAACCUUUUUGAUGCUCCUGAGAGUAUCCCGUCCCUUUGGCCCGAGACCAAGAAGUUCCUCGCCGCGAACCCAACCUAUCUGAACAAGAACAACAUGAUGAACUGGCUCACUGAUGAUCAACUUCGGCCGGAGCACACGGAAGCCGCCAAAGGUUACUCGACAUGCCACUUCUGGUCCAACUUCGAAAUUGGUGACAUGGAAUUUUUCAGAGGCGAGCAAUACUCUGCUUACUUUGAGCACUUGGAUCGGGCCGGUGGCUUCUUCUACGAGCGCUGGGGUGAUGCUCCUGUGCAUUCCAUUGGCUUGGGUCUUUUCGCGGAUAAGGCCAAGGUCCAUUGGUUCCGAGACAUCGGAUACAACCACAUUCCUUACUAUAACUGCCCGACCUCCCCCAAGUGUUCUGGCUGCACUCCCGCCAAGUUCUACGCCGGCGAACCCUGGUUGGCCAAAGAAGAUUGUCGACCCAGCUAUUUCAAGCAUGUCGGAAUGCACUAG